CGCGCAAGACCUGGCCGAGAGCGGAGUGCGCAGGCAGAGCUCUUGCUGCCUGAGGUCUCCGAGCAGCUCACCAUGGCUGGUCCGCAGCAGCAGCCCCCUUACCUGCACCUGGCCGAGCUGACGGCGUCCCAGUUUCUGGAGAUCUGGAAGCACUUCGACGCAGACGGAAAUGGGUAUAUUGAAGGUAAAGAACUAGAAAACUUUUUCCAAGAGCUGGAGAAGGCAAGAAAAGGCUCUGGCAUGGUGUCAAAGAGUGACAACUUCGGGGAGAAGAUGAAGGAAUUCAUGCAGAAGUAUGACAAGAACUCAGAUGGGAAAAUUGAAAUGGCAGAGCUGGCGCAGAUCCUGCCGACUGAGGAGAACUUCCUUUUGUGCUUUAGGCAGCACGUGGGCUCCAGCGCUGAGUUUAUGGAGGCUUGGCGGAAGUACGACACAGACAGAAGUGGCUACAUUGAAGCCAAUGAGCUCAAGGGAUUCCUGUCUGACCUGCUGAAGAAGGCGAACCGGCCGUAUGAUGAACCCAAGCUCCAGGAGUACACCCAAACCAUACUACGGAUGUUUGACUUGAAUGGAGAUGGCAAAUUGGGCCUCUCGGAGAUGUCCCGACUCUUGCCUGUACAGGAAAACUUUCUGCUUAAAUUUCAGGGCAUGAAGCUGACCUCAGAGGAGUUCAAUGCCAUCUUCACAUUUUAUGACAAGGAUGGAAGUGGCUACAUUGAUGAGAACGAGCUGGAUGCCCUCCUGAAGGAUCUGUAUGAGAAAAACAAGAAGGAAAUGAAUAUCCAAGAGCUCACCAACUACAGAAAGAGUGUCAUGUCCUUGGCUGAGGCAGGGAAGCUCUACCGCAAGGACCUGGAGAUUGUCCUCUGCAGCGAGCCCCCCAUGUAAAGGGGGGCAGCUUCUCCACCUCCCCCAAGCCCUGCCCCUGCUGCCCUGACACUUCUACCCAGACCUGGAGAUCAUGAGCACUCCUCCCCCCACCCCUGCAGCCUGCACACACCCGGCCUGCAUACCAGGAAAGGAGAGAUGGAGGAUGGGCUGCUGACCAGCCUCCUGGAGCCCCGCGACGGACUGGGCAUACCACUCUGCCUGCAGUGGGGCACCAGCCAACCACAUGGAAGAUGGGCAGGGCAUGGGUGGAGGGUCCCUGAUUCUCUUCGCUGUGAUGCAUGAGAUCCUUUGCUGUACGAUUUACGCUUCCAUGUCCAAUAGAGCGGACCUGGCCCUCUUGCUCCCCUCCGCCUCUCCGCCAUGCCACCACCCACCCCAAACUCCCACGUUCCAUCCGCCACCUUGCUAACGGUAUAGCUGUCUUCUCGGAGUUCCUGUUUGUGGAGGGCACUCGCCCUUUCUUGUCAUCUUGACUCAGCGUGCUCCUUUUCUCUUUGGGUUUCUUGUCUUCUUGUUUACCAAAGAACCGUUUACAGACAAUAAAGUGGAAAUGUUCUGCUGUGGAAGCUCC